AUGAAUUUUGAUUUCGAACAAACUCUUGAUUUUGUUGAAAAGAGAAAUUCUAAAAGAUCAAUGGAAUAUUAUGCUAAUAGAAAGAAAAAACGUAAACUUCAUUUCAAACAAGCAUCAAAUAAUAAUGAAUUACCUGAUAUUAUUUCUUCGUUUCCACUUCAUAUCGAUUUAAAACCAAAAGUAACAACAAAUGUAGAAAAUAACUGUUUUUUAAAAAAACAAAUAGAAGAAAAUAUUAUGGAAUAUCAAGAUAAUCUUGACAAUAUAAAUCAAAUAGAAAAUAUCAAUAUAGAUGAUAAUGAGAUUAUCAACAACUCAUCUGAUAGUUUAGAAUGCUGGAGUGAUCUUGAAAUUAUUCAUGAAAAUUUAUUACAUUAUCAUACAGACAUUUCAACCAAAGAAUUUUGUUCAAAACUAUUAACUUUAUUAAGAAAUUCUAAUACUUGUAAAUUGAACGCGAAUCGUUUAUUAUCAUUUAUUAGUUCAAUACUCCCAACACCAAAUAAUGUACCAAAGAGCAUGGAAGAUCUUUUAAAUCAAUUAGAAAUAGAAAAUAAUAUUUUCAAGAAAUAUUUAUUAUGUACAACGUGUAACGCUUAUGUAUCACUUAAGAAAAAAUUUUGUUUCAAAUGUUCAUCUAAUGAUUCCAAAACGUUCGCUUUUAUUUAUGAUAUGAAUAUUGAAGAAUAUAUCAGAAACAUUUAUAUACGAUUAAAGAUAGAAAUUGAUCAAUAUCGAAAUCAACUUCGGUUGAUGAAUGAUAAAAAUAAAACUAAUGAUAUAGGAUUUAACAAUCUUUAUCAACAACUAUUGAAAGAUAAUUUAAAUGACAAUUUUAUUACGUUUUUAUUACAUCUUGACGGCAUUGGUUUAUCAAAAUCAACUAAUUUGAAAAUGUGGUUAUUUUCUGGUUCAAUAAUUGAAUUAAGACCUCAAUUACGAAAUAAUCGUUAUAAUAAUGUUCUUUUUUCUUUUUGGUUUAGCUAUAAAGAGCCCAACGUAAAGAUUUGGUUACGAAAUUGUGCAAAUUUGAUCAAAAUGAUAAAAAUGAAAGGGAUAAUAAUAAAUGAAAAUCAUUGUAUUAAUAUUAAAUUUCUAUCAAUUACUGGUGAUUCACCAGCCUUAAGUAAAAUACUUAAUUUUAUUGGACAUGGUGGUUAUUAUUGUUGCAAUUUCUGUUAUGUACGUGGUAUUGAUAUUGGAAGAAAAAGGCAAUACUUUUACGGAAAAAAAAUAUUUCUUCGUCAUAUGGAGAAAUAUUACAAACAAUCAAAGCAAGCUGAAACAACAAAAGAAAAUAUUCACGGACAUAAAGGAAUUUCAAUUCUACAAGAUAUACUGAACAUACCAUUACCACAUGCAAUAUUAAUUGAUUAUCAACAUGUCACUUUGUUAAGACAUACAAAAACUGUUUUGAGGGCAAUUUAUAAACAACUUAAACCAUCAGAUCGUGAACGAUUUGGUAAUAAAUUAAAGUACCAAUCAUUUCCACAUUUCUUCAAUCGUCAAAUGAAACCAUUUAAAGAGUUUCGUUUUAUAAAAGCAGUAGAAUUACGAAACAUUCUAUUCUAUGGAUUUUUACCAUUAUCAUUUGAAUUUAUUGAUAAUCAACAACUUGCUCAUUUUGCUUUAUUUAUUUGUUCAAUUAGAUUGUAUCAUUCACAGCCUCCAAUGUUUGGUGAUAAAACACAAGCAAUAGCUGAUAAAUUAUUUGAACAAUAUUAUAAAGAUCAUGGAAUAUUUUAUAGUGGUAUUCAAAAUGAUGUGCUUCAUAUGCAUCAUCAUUUUGGUACACAAUACCAGAAUUAUGGUUCGUUAGCGAAUAUUGGUUGUUUCUAUCAAGAAGAUCUAAUAGGUCAUAUAAGUAAAAAUAUUCACGGUUCGAAUUACUAUUCUGAUCUUGUAGUGCAUUAUUAUUCUAUUGAUUUUGAUUUACACGCACAAAUUUCCCAUACAAAAUACAAAACAAUUUCAAAACCAAUAGACCUCAAUGUUAAUAUUAUUAUUAAUGAUUAUCCCACUAUUAUACAACACCAUGAUAAAAUAUGUACAUGUUUAAAUCAUUUGACUUGUAUCUCUAUUUAUCGACGAUGUGUUAUACGUAACAAUAUAUUUCAUUCAUUAAUUUAUAAUAAACGAGGAAAAUCAAAUAGUUAUUUUAUAUCGUAUAAUAAAUCAGCAAAUGAUUAUAUUAAAUAUUUCGGAAGAAUUAUAUUAUUUUUUUCAUGUAUCAACAGAAAUUAUGCUGUCGUUCAACGUUAUACACAAAAUCAAAAUUUCAGCUAUUUAUUUAAAACAUCACCAUAUUUUUCUUUAUUAGAAAAACCAUUAGAUAAUUGUUUUAGUCUAUUGUCGAAAGAACCAUCUGAUUUAUUUGAUAUUAUUAAUAUUAAUCAUGUUAUAAAACAUUGUAUUACAUUUGAGUUUCAACAACAAUUAAUUGUAACAGAAGUUUCUGCAUACCACGAACACGAUUAA